AGAAAGCUUCAAACUUCUAAAAUUGAUGCUUCUAUGACACUACAACGAUAUAUAAAGAGAGAGAGACAUGUAAGAAGGAAAAACAUGUAAUGUAAAGCAUGCCCUUCCUCAUUACCUACCACUGACAACUCCACAUCCUCUUACACAUUAGGCAACACCCCGGAAUUGGAAUACCCUACUUCUUUUUAGAGAUUUUUAAAAUGUGGGUGGCUUUAGCGAAUGCCAAUUGCCUUAUUUCCAUCUGGGUUUUUGAUUUAAAGAGGAAAGUUUAGAGCUUUAUUGCUUACCCCUUUUAUUGCCUGCUAUUGCAAGGAAGUCGUGCCGGGAUAAGGCAGGUUUUGUACAAUCAGGCUUGUUGGUAUCAAAACAAAAUGGCUUCUGAUCUUAAGAAUAGCCUAACCAAGGAAUACGUUGGCAUGGAGUUGUGGGUGAUAAUUGUCGUCUGUCUGGGACUGGUUUGUGUAUUUGUCCUGGUUGUUUCACUGUGGCUAUCGUUUAGAAAGAAAUCGAGAAGAGAAAAUAACAUGCCUCCUGUUAGCUAUAUGCCUAAGGUUUCAGAGGAGAUUAAAGAGAUUGGUGUUGAUCAAAAUUCAGCAAAUAAUGAUGGUUUCCCCAGCCUUCAUGACAAGUUCGGUGACAAAGAAGAAGCAGAUAAAGUAUUGAUCCAACUAGAAAAUGGUGAUGAUAGCAGCCAAUCAGGCUCCUUUAAUCAUGUCGAGAAAGUAGGUGUUGGGUCUCAAUCAGGAGAAGAGGGGGGCACCAAGGUAGCUUCUGUCCACAGGCCUUCUUCACAUCCUUUGACCGCACCUUCACCUCUGUCUGGCCUGCCUGAAUUUUCACAGUUGGGAUGGGGGCAUUGGUUUACCCUCAGAGAUCUGCAAGUUGCAACAAACCGAUUUUCCAAGGAUAACAUUAUUGGCGAUGGUGGAUAUGGAGUUGUCUAUCAGGGUCAUAUGAUUAAUGGGACUCCUGUGGCUGUUAAGAAGCUCCUUAACAAUCCAGGACAAGCUGAUAAAGAUUUUAGAGUUGAAGUGGAGGCUAUUGGUCAUGUACGUCAUAAAAACCUUGUUCGACUUCUGGGGUAUUGCAUGGAAGGAACCCAGAGGAUGUUGGUAUAUGAGUAUGUCAACAACGGCAAUUUAGAGCAAUGGCUCCGUGGAGGUAUGCGUCAACAUGGAUAUCUUACGUGGGAGGCUCGCAUGAAAAUUCUCCUUGGCACUGCUAAGGCGCUGGCUUACUUGCAUGAGGCCAUUGAGCCAAAAGUGGUGCAUCGAGACAUAAAAUCAAGCAACAUAUUGAUCGAUGACAACUUCGAUGCUAAGAUAUCUGAUUUUGGUCUGGCCAAAUUGCUGGGUGCUGGAAAAAGUCAUAUUACUACUAGAGUAAUGGGUACCUUUGGUUAUGUUGCUCCGGAAUAUGCCAACUCUGGCCUUUUGAAUGAGAAAAGUGAUGUUUAUAGCUUUGGGGUCGUGCUUUUGGAAGCAAUUACAGGGAGAGAUCCAGUGGAUUAUGAUCGCCCUGAGAAUGAGGUAAAUCUGGUGGAAUGGUUGAAAAUGAUGGUUGCAGGAAGGCGCUCAGAAGAGGUGGUAGACCCCAUGAUAGAGAAUAGACCAGCAACAAGUGCCCUUAAACGGGCUCUUCUAACUGCUUUAAGAUGUGUUGAUCCAGAUGCUGAAAAAAGACCAAAGAUGAGUCAAGUAGUUCGCAUGCUUGAAUCAGAGGAGUAUCCUAUACCUAGACAGGAUCGGAGGCGCUGGAGAAGCCAUGCAGUGGAGGGUGAGACAGCCUAAUUCAGACACUGAUAGGAGUGAUAAUCCAGGUUCAAAGUCAGAUGGGAGAAGGAACAACAAAGCAUAGACUUGGGGACCGUUUAUAGAAGCCGAGCGCAUGCAUAAGGGCAAUACUUACAUUCUUUCGACCUUAGAAAGUAUUGAGCCUGCCUAAAAGUUGAGAAUGAGGGCAGGGAGCUGUAGCAAGCAAUUGAGGCUGGUUGCUUCGCAUAUCUCUGUGUCAAUUUUUCCGCAUCUAUUAUAGAUGUUGUAGAGAAUUAGUCGGUGUCUCCAAGUUGCCUUCGUGGUAGAACACCCUUGUCAGGAGUGGUGUGUAGUGUGUACAGAUCUUGAGAUUUUUGGUUUUAUUUUUUAUUUUGUUUUUUCAUUUUCACUAUAUUUCUUCUGGGUCAUAGUAAUAUCGGUUUAGUUCAAAGGAUUACAGCAGAAUUUUCCUUGAUGGAAAGGCUGGAAAAAGGGAUAAGAAAGAUUGAAAGGGAAUUUGAUUUUUGAAUA